AUGGCUCCGUCACACAACACAAGGAUCAUCAGGCAAGAUGGGAAUGCCUUUCCACCAGGACUCGACUCAUUGAUAUGCAAAAACAAAAGCAGGCUACUUCCAAUCCAAUGUGAUUCACCACCUGGUGUAACACAUAGAAGGAUAUCACACCAAGAGAUUCUUUGUUCAACAAACUACUUGAGUGAAGACAAUUUGAUUGGUAUGGGAGGCCUUGGUUCUGUAUACAAAGGGGUAUUCGCCGAUGGGAUGGUUGUUGCUGUUAAGGUUUUCAAUUUAGUGCAACAAGGUGCAUUCAAGAGUUUCAAUGCAGAGUUGUGCAUUAUGAUAGAUGUUGCUUCUGCAGUAGAGUAUCUCCAUCACAGUUGUUCAACCCCAGUGGUGCAUUGUGACUUGAAGCCAAGCAACAUUCUAUUAGAUGAAGACAUGGUUGCACAUGUUGGUGACUUUGGGAUAGCAAAGCUCUUGAUGGAGAACAAGUCAAUGGCAAAAACAAAGACAUUAGGCAACAUUGGGUAUAUGGCACCAGAGUAUGGUUCGGCUGGGAUAGUAUCUCCUAUGGCGGAUGUUUACAGUUAUGGAAUUUUGUUGAUGGAAACAUUUAGAAGGAAGAAGCCCACAGAGGAUCUAUUUCAAGGGGAACUGAGUUUGAAGCAUUGGUUUUGUGAGUCUUUCCCUAAUGAAAUACUGGAGGUUGCAGAUGCUAAUUUACUAAGAGGAGAGGAAGAAUAUUUUGCUGCUACAAAUAAUUUGUUUUUGGUUAUGUCCUCAUCUUCAUCAGUUUCAACUGCUACUGCUGCUGACUCCUAA